UAUGUACAAAAUUCAUCCUUUUGUAAAUGGAUGAGGUUAUAACAAGGGCAAGUGAUGGGUUUUGAAGAAGACCUACAACCCAACCUAUGGUAGCAUCUUGGAUAUUUGUUAGGCCGUUCCACCUUAUAGAGCGGGAAAUAUGAACUUCUAAAAGAAAGCUUACCUUUCCCAGAAAAAGGACUCCGCUUUAAGUAAAGAGUUGCUGAAAAUCACUUGACAAAUCUCGUCGCUCUGAUUCUUGCAAUAUCCGCAACGCACCGGUCAUUUGGGCAUCCAUAAACUUUAUUAGAGCAUUCCCGGAGAAACCACCAUUUAAGGGCAACUUCCCGCAUCAACAGCCUUAGAUAUUGGAAUAAUACCACCUGCAUUUAAAUUUUUGGUUUCGAUCCUUUAUGUCAACUUUUACGCCUCCAUCCACUUUAAUGCACAAAAAUGUUCACCCCCCACCCCUUCGAUUUAUUACCAAUAGCGUCAAGAAUCUCCUCUCCACAUAUUUAGUGGAAAUUCCCUCAACCUUAUCCAACCCCCAAGCAGGAUUCAUUUGACCAUGGAGCUGCAGGUCCCUUGCUUCCAAUUCCAAAGGAGAUAUMUYCAAGUGUACACCAGCCUUUGUUCAGGGAUCGUGCUUCAUCUGCACCGAUACAUUGCAAGAAUGGUCAUUUCUCAAACUACAGAGUGCAUUUCUCCAUAGCGGGUCUUCGAAGAGUCAUUCACUUGAGGAACAGCAAUAGAAGUUCAAACUUGAAGUUAUUUUUUUGUGGGACGUUAGUUCUACAUUCAUCAGUUAGGAUUUGCACAGACUGAUUCAUAAGGAUCACAUUGUGAUUUGUAACAGUUUAGCAUAUUAUGGCAUCUUCUGGUAUGGGUCCAGUUGGAAAACCCAAUGGUGCUGCAUUAUUUGCUGAUAAACUUCCGGAGGAGAUUAAUGAAAUGAAGAUCAGAGAUGAGAAGGUUGAAAAGGAGAUGGAAGCGACAGUGGUCGAUGGAAAUGGUACAGAAACUGGUCAUAUAAUUGUAACUACUAUUGGUGGUCGAAAUGGUCAACCCAAACAGACAAUAAGCUACAUGGCAGAGCGUACAGUUGGACAGGGAUCCUUUGGUAUUGUAUUUCAGGCUAAGUGUCUCGAGACUGGAGAAACUGUUGCUAUCAAGAAGGUCCUUCAGGACAAGAGAUAUAAGAACCGUGAGUUGCAAACAAUGCGCCUUCUCGAUCAUCCUAAUGUUGUUUCUCUCAAACAUUGCUUUUUUUCCACAACGGAAAAGGAUGAGCUUUAUCUUAAUCUGGUGCUCGAGUAUGUACCUGAGACAGUUUACCGGGUAAUAAAGCACUACACAAAGGCAAACCAGCGGAUGCCUCUCAUAUAUGUCAAGCUUUAUGCCUAUCAGAUUUGCAGAGCUCUAGCCUACAUUCAUGGAGGAAUAGGAGUAUGCCACAGGGAUAUUAAGCCACAGAAUCUACUGGUUAAUCCCCAUACUCAUCAGGUCAAGCUAUGCGAUUUUGGAAGUGCAAAAGUUCUGGUGAAGGGCGAGCCAAAUAUAUCAUAUAUUUGUUCUCGUUAUUAUCGAGCGCCKGAACUAAUAUUUGGUGCUACUGAAUACACUACCGCAAUUGAUAUAUGGUCUGCGGGCUGCGUUCUUGCUGAGUUACUUCUUGGACAGCCUCUCUUUCCUGGUGAGAGUGGCGUGGAUCAGCUUGUUGAGAUAAUCAAGGUACUCGGGACUCCUACCCGUGAAGAAAUCAAGUGUAUGAACCCAAAUUAUACCGAGUUCAAAUUCCCACAAAUCAAGGCUCAUCCCUGGCACAAGAUGUUUCACAAGCGCAUGCCUCCGGAAGCAGUGGAUCUUGUAUCAAGACUCCUCCAGUAUUCUCCAAAUCUUAGGUGUACUGCUUUAGAGGCUUGUGUUCAUCCCUUCUUUGAUGAACUCCGGGAUCCCAAUACUCGUCUUCCAAACGGGCGCCCCCUGCCUCCUCUCUUCAACUUCAAACCCCAAGAGCUGAAAGGUGCAACUUUGGAGCUCCUCUCCAAACUCAUUCCAGAACAUGCUCGGAAGCAGUGCUCUUUCCUUGAUUUUUAGAUCAAAACACAAAGUAAAUGUUGUUUUCCUCGUCGGACAGGUAUGAAAAAAGAAUCCUUGAUAAUGUAAUUUCCAAGUCUGAACAUCAAUUGUAAUGUAUUUUAUUAGAGAAAAAGAAAAAUUUAUGGGAGAUGAACGCUGAUUCUUGAUGUGGGAUGAAAAUGUUGCUAUAAACAAUUGUUCUCUAGGAUUAUUACUUUUCAAAGAAUUGUCUGCUACACUUGCUCUUUCAGUUUUAGUAUUUUUUUUUUU